CAAAAAUAAAAAUUCGGUAAUAGUAUCAUGGAGUAGCCCAACUUCAAAACGGAGAAAGCCAGAGCUCUGUGAAUUGUGAUUCAACGAAACCAACGAUUGAACGAAGCCCUGCGUUGACUCGUCGAGGGCAGUCACCCAAUCCGCAGGCCGCAGCACGGCAGCAGUCUACCAAGGGCCAAGGCGACCUCCGUCCUCCGUGACCUCCGUCUAGGCCUCUAGGUCCCCCACCGCAGCACGCCAGCAGCCAGCACCGCAGAGCUGAGAUGAGUGGUUGGCAUCUGAAAGUCUUCAAAGAUGGAAGCUUUAACAUUUAUGCCAAAUCACACACUCUUCACUUCGGGAGAAGAUUUUCCUUGUGGUCUAUGAAGAAAGACCCAGAGCUUGAAUCUGCAUUAUGCAGAAACCGCCGGUGGAUUGUGAAUAAUCAGAUAAAAAAUAUAAUCUUGAGAUAUCCAGACCAGGUGGCCCCCGUUAAGUUCCUCCAGAAGAAGUUCAAGAGUCUUGAUCUCCAAGGGAAGGCCAUGAAUUGGCUGAAGAAGUACCCCUGCUGCUUUGAGGUUUUCCUGGAGAAGGAUGAGUACUACUGCCAGCUCACCAAAAGAAUGAUGUGUUUGGUCGAGGAGGAAGAUUCCAUGAAGGAUAUGCAGGAACCUGUGGUUGCUGAGAGACUAGCUAAGCUGUUGAUGAUGAGCCGUGACCAGAGGCUGAAUGUUACGAAGCUUAACGAGUUAAAGAGAAACUUUGGAUUUCAGGAUGAUUAUUUACUUAGAAUCAUACCCAAGUAUGAUAAACUUUUUAGAGUUGUCAAUCACACAGGGAGGAGAAGUUCAAUGGAGAUUGAGCUCAUAUCUUGGGAUAAAAACCUAGCAACCUCUGCAAUUGAAAGGGUAUCACAAAUAAAGGGUCAAGAGCCACGAUUCUCAUGCUCUUUGCCUGAAAGUUGGAUGAAAUCAAGGGAAAGGUUUGAAGAAUUCAACUCAACGCCUUACAUUUCACCUUAUUCAGAACAUAAAUGUUUGGCAGAAGGCUCAUUAGAGAUGGACAAGAGAACAGUUGGGCUGGUGCACGAGUUACUAUCAUUAUCCUUGUGGAAGAAAGCGUCAAUUGUCAAGUUUGGUCAUUUUAGAAGAGAGUUCAGCAUGCCUGAGAAACUAAACAUCUUGUUGCUCAAGCAUCCUGGUAUUUUCUAUGUUUCUAACAGGUACCAGAUUUAUACAGUUCUUCUUAGGGAAGCUUACAACGGAUCUGAACUCAUUGAAAAGGAUCCUCUUGUAGUUGUGAAGGAGAAGUUUGGAGAGCUAAUGCAAGAUGGGCUGCAUGAGUACAACCGGCGGCACCACUUGAUGAAUUUAGAGAAGAAGAGAAAGAAGGGAAUGGUUGAAGCGAAAGAGGUCAGAAGGAGUAAUGGAAAUUGUGAGAGUUCGGAAGAGGGAGAUCAAGUAGGUGGAGAUCUAGGGGGAAUAUUCGACUCAGAAGAAAGGAAACGAUUCUAUAGAGCUCUCUUUGAUGACAAAACUCCAUAGACCUAAGACCAUAAUCUGUUAGUUUUUCCUGGGUACAUAGGGGCAAUGUAGCUGACCCCAAACUCUUUUUGGGAUAAGGCUUGGAUGUUGUUUCAUGUCAUGUGACGUGACUAAGUGAUAUUGUUGUCCGUCACGCGCCUACCACAACACCCUCCUCCUUUAUCCUGGCUUGGGACAGGCAUGAUACCAAAAAAAUGAUCUCAUGCCGGAGUUGUUGUUGUUGUUUGGAUGUUGUUGUUGUUGGUACAUAAGGGAGAUGCUCUUUAUCAAUGAAUACCGUGAUACUCUAUAACAAGUCCAUGUUGCCAAAGACUUGAUCCAGCUUAAUAAUAACUGUCUUUAGUUUAUGCAUAAGGUCGGGCAUUUGCAGAAAAUUGACCCCCCCGUCCCACCCCUUAAAAUCAUUUAGAAUAGUGACUCACUAUUCUAAUCAAACUGAGUCGUUUCAGGUUUUCACCCCUUUUGCAAUCAAAAAGAGUACUAAGACUUGAUGGGUAAUUGGCUAUAAACUGCUCCGGUUACAGUACCUUUAUAAUGAAGACUUGACCAGCUACUUUUGGUCACCAAUGCCUAAAGUGCUUUGAAAAGUCUGCUGCAGAAUGGGAUCAAGACUGACGGUUUAACAUGACAGGUACAUACGCUUUAGCAUCGGUGAAGGUUUCAUCCUAAUGGGGGUUUGGAACAUGCCAAUGCAGAACACGACUGCAAAUGCCUGAUUAGAUUUGCUGACAUUUAUAUUCUAAAUAAAUAUCAGAGCAAAACUACAUUUGCAAUGUGUCAUGUGUUCUGAAAUAUUCAAAAGGGAUCUAGUUGGGAUAAAAAAAGACAUUUGUAGGUAUCUAUUUAAUCUAAGCACUAGAGUAAAAAUACAUUGCACUACAAUCGCAUGGCAUAUUAGUUGUGUCAUGUGUUCGGCUCA